UGGUGAAAAUCAUCAGCCCAAAAGUGGAAGAUGGAGAGAGAGACAUGGGAGCGGUCGGGUCAGAGUAUAUAUAGAUUAGCCUUUGUUGUUUCAUAAAAUCUAGGGCUUAGAAAUUUUUAUCCAAAAUCCAAUGGCUCAAAACGUUCAAGGUGCGGUACCCAACUCCAACUUCUAACAGUACCGUAAUAGAGGAGAAAACCCCCCGAGCGACUGAGCGAGUGGUGAAGCUGAGGCUCUGCUUUUAUAAUAAUUUUAUUUUUGUUCAAUCCUCAUGCUCCAUGGCUACUGAGCUCUUCAUCUCUCAUUCCGUUCAGUUGUAAAGAAAAACAUACCUCCUCUGGCUUCUUCUGAUUCGAGUUCAUGGCCUGCCAAAUGGGAACCAUGAUGCUGCACCCGGUUACAUCUAAAAUAGAGAAUGAAACAUCAGAAAGAUCUUGUAUUUCUAUUGCAACUUGUUCUAUCCAGAAUUGGACCAGUGAGCCAAGUUUUAAUGGACAAAAUACAAAGAUUGGCAUAAAUUCCGCUCCCUUCCCUCGGAGCUUUCUGAUGAGAAGGCGUGGCUGGAAAUUAGCCUUUGCAUUGGACACUGGUGGGGUUCCUGGAAAUGAUGAACAAGGGAGUGUCAAUGGUGACAGUCCUGAUCUAGGUCGAACCCGGUUAGGUAGGAUAGUGAGUGCAGGUGGCAGGCAACUAUUGGAAAAGCUAAACUCAGCAAGAAAGAAUUUCCCUAUGAAAGUAUUUCUGCUUCUCUUGGGUUUCUACACGGCAAAUGCAUUGGCGACAAUCCUCGGGCAAACUGGUGACUGGGAUGUUUUGGUUGCUGGUGUAGUGGUUGCUGCUAUAGAGGGCAUUGGCAUGCUUAUGUAUAGAAAGCCUCCUUAUGUUCCUUCUGAGAGAUUGCAGUCUUUUGUUGUGAUGAUGAACUACUGGAAAGCUGGUGUCUGUUUAGGCCUCUUUGUGGAUGCCUUUAAACUAGGUAGUUAACCAUGUUUUUUUCCACCUCAUUUUUUUGGUUACUAUUUAAUCUCUCUUUAUUCUUAAGGUAUUGAACCAUGGAGAUAAGCCCCUCCAUUCAUCUUUUAUUUAACCCUAUUUCUAAGAUUAGAUUCCAACUAGGUCUCCCUUGUAUCAUAAUCAUUCUCAAUUGUAAUUGUGCAAAUUAGACUUCUGAACCCAAGGAAGGUGGUCUAUUUGUCUGUAAGUGGAAGUCCUUACCAGGUGAAUUUAAGAAGUCAUUUCUUACCUUUUAACCAUAA